UACUAGUGGCAGUGUCCACACACAAAAUUGCCGUGUAUAGUCGGCGUAUAAGCUCUCUCUUUAACUCCGUGCUUUGAGUAGAGAGAUGAUGGAAAAUUUGUCCAUGUUCAUGCCCUCCGCAUCCACCCUUCUGUCUGCCUAUGCCUUGGCAUCUACUUUCUUUCUACUCGUCAACUCAAUCUUCGAGCAAAUUCCACAAUGGUUAAAGGACUACAUGAACCCUAUAAUCUGGGAGUUGCAGUCUCGUUUCUGCUCCGAUUUCAUCUUCGAGGUAGAAGAUGAGUGGGGGGUCUCCGACAAUGAAAUCUUCAGGGCGGCCAUGACUUACUUGCCCACCAGAAGCGGACCCACCACCCCAUCCCUCCUUGUGGGUUCUGAGAAGAAGUGUGAGCAACCAGGUUUGGGUAUCCCAAUUGGAGGCCAAAUAGUCGAUGAGUUCCAGGGCAUGCGCCUUACGUGGAGGCUCUACUCUCGCAAAACACGAGAGACUAUAUGGAAUUCCAACGAGAGGAAGUUUUUCAGACUUAGCUGCAAGAAAAGUUGCAGGCAAAAAGUCCUGGACAGCUAUUUGCCCCACGUCAUACGCACAUCACAAUCCAUCUUGAAUAAACUGGGCCUAAGGAUUUACACCUACGACCAAGAUUAUUCGUACUGGAGGAUGACGGCUUUCAGGCACCCAUCAACGUUUGAGACUCUCGCAAUGGACCCUGAGAAGAAGCAGUUCAUAAUGGAAGACCUUGACCUGUUUACGAGCCGCAAGGGGUUCUUUGACACCACUGGCAAGACUUGGAAACGCGGCUAUCUUCUUUACGGGCCGCCGGGGACUGGGAAAUCCUCGUUGGUCGCCGCCAUUGCGAAUCACCUCCGCUACAAUGUCUAUGAUAUUCAACUUUCCACAGUGAAGUCGGACAGCGUUCUAAGGCAGAUCCUUACCUCCACCACCAACCGCUCCAUUCUUCUUUUUGAAGACAUUGAUUGCAGUACAAAGGUGUCGCACGAUCGUGUCAAGAAGAAAGAGAAGAAGGCCAGUGAGAGGCCUGAACCUCCAGACAAGCCUGAGAAGAGUGAUGCUCCGGGGAUUACCCUAUCCGGCUUGCUCAAUUUCAUCGAUGGCAUUUGGUCAAGCUGUGGUGAAGAGAGAAUCAUUAUUUUUACAACAAAUUACAAAGAAAAAUUGGAACCGGCUUUGUUGCGGCCAGGACGCAUGGACGUUCACAUUCACAUGGGCUAUUGCACCCCAGCCGGGUUCAGAGUGCUUGCUGGCACACACCUUGGCAUUAAAGACCAUAUCAUCUUCGGAAAGAUCGAAGCCCUCAUUCAAGCGGUAGAAGUUACUCCUGCAGAAGUAGCUCAGCAGCUUAUGACGAGCAAGAAGCCUGAAGUUGCCCUGGAAGGUCUGGCAGAGUUUCUUAUCACAAAGAAGAGUGAAAUCAAAAGGGCCGAGCCCAAAAAGGACAAAGAAGAAGGCCAAGAUGAUAAGCAGAGUCGGGAGAAGCACCGUGAUAAAUAUAUGAAUUUCGUUUCCCGUGUUUUUUGUGUUCCUAACAGAGAGUGCCAUCAAGUAGACCACGAAUAAAUUUUACUCAGUACAGACUGUAGAGUCAAUUACACACCAAGUGCUAGUAUAAUUAGCUUGUUUAGCCUGUACUUUGUCCAAAUAUGUGGUCAUUUGAUUCAAUGUUUUGGUAUCUGUAUUCCUGUAGGAAUUGGAAAAUCGAUUUUGGUACUCA